AUGGAAUCUUGCAGUAAAAUAUCACCUUAUGAAAGUGGAACACUGAGGACGACCCAGAAGCGAACAUUUUUUAUCAGAGCGUUUUUUGAUUUUGAUGCAAUGAAAGACAGCAGUUUACCCGGAAAAGGACUGUCAUUUCGACACGGAGAUGUGCUCCAUGUAUUAAAUGCAGGUGAUGAAGAAUGGUGGCAAGCGAAAAAGUUGGUUGGUGAUUUGGUUGAUCAGGGCAUCGGUAUCAUUCCAAGCAAAAUGAGGGUAGAAAGGAGAGAAAGAUCAAGAGCCAAGAAUGUUAAAUUUCUUGGUCGAGAAUCCGACAGUACUGGUGUAUGUUUUUGCUUAUUAUAUGGUUUCUCUUCAACACCCAUUGAGUUACAAACUCCUUCUUAUGAAAUAGUUAAACGACAGGAAAUAAAUUACAGUAGACCUGUAGUGUUGUUGGGCAUGUUCAAGGACCAGUUGGGCGAUGCCUUGAUAGCUGAACAUCCUGAACUAUUUGAAACAUGUGUCCCUCAUACAACGAGAGCUCGCAAGGACAACGAAGUUGAUGGGAGAGAUUAUUUUUUUGUAGCAUCUCGAGAUCAGAUGGAAAGAGACAUGAAGACUUCCCUGUUCGUAGAGGCCGGUGAGUACAACAACCAUCUCUAUGGAACCAGCAUCCAAUCCAUUCGAGAGGUUGCUGAAAGGGGCAAGCAUUGUUUGUUGGACGUGAGUGGCAAUGCUGUCAAACGUCUGCAGCUUGCUGGAAUUCAACCAAUAUCAAUUUUUAUCAAACCAAGGUCCAUAGAAGCCAUAACUGAGUUCAACAGACGCAUGACCGCAGACCAGGCCAGGUCGGCAUUCGACAAACUCAUCAACAUGGAGAGAGACUUUUCUACUUGCUUCUCAGCUAUCUUGGUGGGCGGUUCGCAGGAGGAAGUGUACAGGAAGGUCAAAGAGGUCAUUGAGAAGCAUUCACGCGAGCAAUGUGUCUGGCUACCGACUAAUGAAAAGCUCUGA